GUAGUUAGUUUUCGCCACUGCUUUAUGUGCCGAUGUGCGCACAACCCAUUUUUAUCAUUUUUUCGUCGUUCUCGCGCUCUUCUAGUACGCUCAUCUUAAGUUUUAAAACAAAUAAUCGCAAAUUUAUAUGAAAAUGCUGACGCUAAGUAGUCAGUUGUUGGCGAUACAUCAGUGUAAAGAGUUCUUGCUCAAUAAGGGCACAGCGGGUGUAGUAGCUACAAUACGAGCUGUAACAAACAUCAAGCCAAACGAGUAUAGUGUAAUAAGAAGACAUACGCACGUCGCUACCGCCAACAAUACUACGACGUUAUUGUCCUUCAAAAAUUACUUCCCAUCAAAGCUACGCACAAUACAAACAACGACAAAAAUGUCAAAUACAAGUGAUGAUAUAAAAAUACAUAACUACUAUAAUGUUGCAUUGGAAAUUGUUAUGAAAUGUGGUCCACUACUACGUGAAGGUUACGGCGUUGCUGAUGCAGAUUAUAAACAAAAAACAGCUGCUUACGACUUAGUAACUGUAUAUGAUAAAAAAGUAGAGGAUAUACUGGUUGAUGGUUUGCAAACAGCUUUUCCAGAAUCUAAAUUUAUCGGCGAAGAGAGUGCGUCGGAGAGCGGCAAACUACCUGAGUUGACUGAUGCACCCACAUGGAUUAUUGAUCCCAUAGAUGGCACCACCAAUUUCAUACACCGCAUACCACAUUGGUGCAUAUCAGUGGGUUUGGCCAUAAAUCGGGAAUUGGUGGUGGGUAUUGUAUAUAAUCCCAUUGCAAAUGAAAUGUAUUCGGCAUGGAAGGGUCACGGCGCAUAUUUGAAUGGUCAACGUAUUCAUGUGAGAAAAUGUACCGAAAUGAACGAUGCAGUUCUAGCUUUUGAAGUUUCAAUUAUUCACGCCGCAUCAGUUCGUGAUAAGUAUGUGAAGCGCCUCUCUAAACUCGCGGCUCAUAGCGCAGGCACACGUUGCAUGGGCAGUGCCGCAUUGACACUCUGCUACGUUGCAAGCGGCUGCUUUGAUUGCUACCAUGUUGAAGAUUUAAUGCCUUGGGAUAUAGCUGCUGGCGCAGUGAUAUUACGUGAAGCCGGUGGUUUGCUGUAUCAUAGCAAAGGAGGGGAAUUUAAUAUUAUGAAACCCGAUUUGACAGCCGCAACCUCGCCCGAACUAGUAAAAAUCAUGGUCGGUUUAAUUGAAGAGGCUGAUGCACUGGCUUUCACAUUUAAAUAAUUUCUUUGUUAUAAAACUGGUUCUAAUUUUUGCGAAACUUUUGUAUAGAGUGUUUUAAAAAUAAAAAUUAUAAAAAGAACUUACA